AUCUUAAGAUUUGGGUGUGUGUAUCUGAUGAAUUUGAAAAGAAACAAAUCAUGGUACACAUGAUCAAGUCGUUAACUCAUCAAAACCGUGGUGACUUGGAUCCUGACCAACUGCAAACUUUGAUUUACGAAAAGUUGAAUUCUAAGAGAUUCUUACUUGUUUUGGAUGAUGUGUGGAGUGAUGAUCGCUGUAAAUGGGUUGAACUUAUGGAUUUAUUAGAGGGAGGUGCCUCUGGAAGUAAAGUUGUUGUCACUACACGUAGUACCUCCGUUGCAACAACUGUUGGCACUGUUUCGGCAUACAACUUGAACGGUCUUUCCCAUGGAGAUUCCUUAUCUUUGUUUAAGAAAUGGGUUUUUAAAGAAGGAGAAGAAGAAUGUUAUCCCCAUCUAAUGGAAAUAGGGGAUGGCAUUGUGAAGAAAUGUAGUGGGCUUCCUUUGGCCGUGAGGACAUUGGGGACCCUCCUAUAUUUAUACACCGAUGAUCGUUAUUGGAGAUUCAUACGAGAUAACGAGAUAUGGAAGUUGGAGCAGAAGGAAAAUGACAUUUUACCUGAGUUGAGGUUAAGUUAUGAACAAAUGCCAUCUCACUUGAAACCAUGUUUUGCUAUUUGUUCCAUCUAUCCAAAGGAUUAUAGCUUCAACAGUGUUGCAUUAACUCAGGUUUGGAUGGCACAUGGGCUCCUUCAGUCCUCAAAUGAACACCAAGAUAUUGAAGAUGUUGCACUGCAAUACAUGAAGGCGUUGUAUUCUAGAUCAUUCUUUCAGGAAUUUGAAGAAUAUGGUGACUUUUUGGCAUUUACAAUGCAUGAUUUAGUUCAUGAUCUUGCAUUGUCAGUGGCACAAAGUGAUUGCUUUGUUGUGAAUGUUCGUAGCAAGAACAUAUCUGAGGGGAUUCGACAUCUCUCAAUCUUUGACAGGACUGUACUUGACCAAGAGGUUCCUAAUUCUCUUCAAGAAGCAAACAGUUUGCGGACAAUAAUUUUUCCAUUUGAAGCCCAAGGCUCUGCUAGUGAAUCCUUUGUUAAUACAUGCAUCUCUACAUGUAAUUAUUUAAGGAUGUUCGAUUUAAGACGGUCUUCUUUUGAGUUAUUACCUAAUUCCAUUGGUGCUCUGAAGCAUUUGAGAGGUCUUAACUUAUCUCAAAAUCAUAGAAUCAAGAGAUUGCCUGAUUCCAUAUGCAAGCUCCAUAAUUUGCAUUCUUUAUCACUUGGUAGAUGUUCAGCGCUUGAAGAGUUGCCGAAAGACAUAAGGAACCUGGUUAAAUUGAGAUUUCUGGAGAUGACAAUAACACAGAAGCGCUUACCAGAGGAUGGAAUAGGGUGCUUAACAUCUCUUCGGUUUUUGUCUAUUGGAGAUUGCACCAAUCUUGAAUAUUUGCCUGAAGAAAUGAAAAAUCUCAGAUCCUUGAGUUUCUUGAACAUUUGGAGCUGUGACAGUUUGAUUUCCUUGGCGCACAACCUGAAAUAUUUAACUGCAUUGGAGACUCUAAUGAUACAGGACUGUGAACAGCUUAAUUUGAUGGAAGAAGAUGAUAUUCAAGACAUUGAGUUAAGCCUUCGAACUUUGAUGCUUGGCGAUUUACCAAAGCUAGUGACCUUACCUCAAUGGCUUCAAAAGUCUUCCAACACUCUACAUUGCCUCUCCAUAGAUAGUUGUGAAAACUUUUCAUCAUUACCUGACUGGCUACAAAAUUUUAGCUCUCUUAGAAAGAUUGAGAUUGAAGCAUGUCCAGAGAUGUUGUCACUACCUGAAGGGAUGCAUCGUCUUAUUGCCUUAAAAGUAUUGAGGAUUAGAGAAUGUCCAGCGCUUUGUGAAAGAUACAAAAAGGGAGGUGAGGACUGGAACAAGAUAGCUCAUGUCACGGAGAUUGAUCUUGAUGAAGAUGAGUCAGAGACUUUAUCUGCGGAUUAGGAACUUGUUUUGAGGUGUAGCUAAAGAUUGAUGUUUGGAAUAGCACAAUCCUAGAGAUCUCUUUGAUUUUUGUCUUUUGAAGAUUGUGCCAACCUUGAGGUUUUAUUUGGUGGAAUGCAACAUCUUACAUGCUUGCAGAACUGUGAAAGUUCGAUGUCCAUGCCACACAAAUUCGAAUACUUAAUUGGAUGGGCACUCUGGUGAUGAAGGACUGUGAUCAGUUUAAUUUGAUGGAUUACAAUGACAUCAAAGACAUCAAGUUGAGCCUUCAGUCUUUGGACUUCAUAAAUUACCACAGCUGGUGAGCUUACUUACCUCAAUGGCUUGAAAGGCUGGGGACUGGCUCAAGACAGCUCAUGUCAAGGAGAUUGGUCUAUGAUGAUGAUGAUGAUGAGUAGUCCUCAUUUUCCUCUGCAUUGCUUUUUGUUUCCCAGUAUUGUUUGAAGCAUUGCAUUUCCUUAAUUUCAUUUUAAUUCACUAACAAACGAUGGUUCUGUUUUAUUUAAUAUAUUAUCAGACUGGAUGCAUCCUGCGUGCUUGUGAAAUCUCUUAGCUCGCAAUAUUUAUUGUUAUAUCACUUGUUUAUGAUUCAAUUGUCGUCUUUUUU